GCGGAGUGGGGCUUAGUGCAGACCGCCAGGCCCCGGCAACCCGGUGCGGAGCGACACUGCCGUCCAGUGGGGGCCGGAGGGCAGUGGAGGCGCCGGAGGCGAUGCCGCGGCCGGGGAAGAGCUCGUACAGCGACCAAAAGCCGCCCUACUCGUACAUCUCGCUGACCGCCAUGGCCAUCCAGCACUCGGCCGAGAAGAUGCUGCCGCUGAGCGACAUCUACAAGUUCAUCAUGGAGCGCUUCCCCUACUACCGCGAGCACACGCAGCGUUGGCAGAACAGCCUGCGCCACAACCUCUCCUUCAACGACUGCUUCAUCAAGAUCCCGCGGCGGCCGGACCAGCCCGGCAAGGGCAGCUUCUGGGCGCUGCAUCCCGACUGCGGCGACAUGUUCGAGAACGGCAGCUUCCUGCGGCGCCGAAAGCGCUUCAAGGUGCUGCGCGCGGAACACACUCACCUGCACGCGGGGAGCACCAAGGGCGCGCCAGGCGCCGGGCCCGGAGGGCACCUUCACCCCCACCACCCGCACCACCCGCACCACCACCACCACCACCACCACGCGGCCGCGCACCAUCACCACCACCACCACCACCACCCGCCCCAACCGCCGCCGCCCCCGCCGCCGCCGCCGCACAUGGUGCAUUAUUUCCAUCAGCAGCCUCCUCCCGCCCCGCAGCCGCCGCCGCCGCACCUUUCGUCGCAGCCCCCGCAGCAGCCGCCCCAGCAGUCGCAGCCUCAGCCGCCGUCCCACCCCGGCAAGAUGCAGGAGGCGGCAGCGGUGGCGGCGGCGGCUGCGGCAGCGGCGGCGGCGGCCGUGGGCAGCGUGGGGCGCCUGUCGCAGUUCCCACCCUACGGGUUGGGCUCAGCGGCCGCCGCCGCCGCUGCCGCAGCAGCGUCCACGUCGGGCUUCAAGCAUCCGUUCGCCAUCGAGAACAUCAUCAGCCGAGACUACAAGGGCGUGCUUCAGGCCGGCGGGCUGCCCUUGGCGUCCGUCAUGCACCACCUGGGUUACCCCGUGCCGGGCCAGCUUGGCAACGUGGUCAGCUCCGUGUGGCCGCACGUGGGCGUUAUGGAUUCGGUGGCCGCGGCCGCCGCCGCCGCCGCCGCGGCGGGGGUCCCUGUGGGUCCAGAGUAUGGGGCUUUCGGCGUGCCGGUCAAGGCCCUGUGCCACUCGGCAAGCCAGAGCCUGCCUGCGGUGCCGGUGCCCAUCAAGCCCACCCCUUCGCUGCCGCCGGUGGCCGCGCUGCCUCCGACCCUCACCGUCCCCGCGGCCGCUCAGCAGCCGCCGGCGCCGUCCACCGCGUGCCCUGCUGCUGCGGCCUCGCCUGCCACCUCCCUGCUGGAGCCCACCGCCCCGAGUGCGGCCGAGAGCAAGGGCAGCUCCCUGCACUCGGUGCUGGUGCACUCGUAG